CUUUUAAAUUACAUAUCACAUUUAACCUGGAUAAAAUACGUCCCCCUGGAAUUUUGAGGGCUAUCAUUUCAGGGCCAUAAAUGAAAAUGGACACUUACAACGAAUCUAGGAUUAACACACCAAAUAUGACUUUUCAAACCCCAACUUUUUCUAUUUCUGUUGCGUUAUCCAUAUCAACCAUAUUAAUCGGAAGCAUUGUGACAUUCAUAAAUGUUUCAGUUUUGGUGGCCGCCAUGAAGUGCUCUCCUAAGAAACAAAAUGCCCAUUUUAACUUGGUCGUUGGUCUUACGUUCACUGACAUUUGUAGUGGACUUAAUUUGUUAGUUAAUGGUAUACGAUUAUCAUUCUCAACACUCUAUUUAAAACCGAUAUUCUGUGCAACGGCCACUGUCGUUCUUUCAGUGGCAAUUCUGGCAUCCGUAACACAGACCUUUUUCAUUUGCUUCAACCGCCUUCUGUCGAUCAGCAAUAGCAGUUUGAAUAAAAAAAUAUUUUCAAAACGGAAUACAUAUAUCAUAUGUGUGGCGAAUUGGGCAACUGCCAUUUCUCUUGUUUUGAUAUUCGUGGACAUUAAUUCCAUCAUCAAUCGCCAAAUUAUUUGUAACAUUCAUACAGUUUUUGGAGAAAACUUUGAGUGGUUUAGAUACAACUACUGCUGUUGUUGCAUUGUAGUAGUAGCACUAACUAUAUUCUUAUACUUUGUUGCACUACACAUGCUUCGAAAGGUCUCAAGAAAAACUCACGUCAGCUCCAUAGCAGAAGGUAUCGCAAGGAGGGAUUCAAGGAACUUGAGUGACAAUCGCACAACGUUUGAUACAGCAGAGUCCAAUUCUACUUAUCCAUCGUCAGUUUCACGGGACACCAGGAAAAUUUCUCAGAGUAUGAAAACAGUCGGAUUAAUCAUUGUAGCACUAACUUGCCUUACCGGACCUUUAAUUAUUGCAUAUCUUAUUGACACUGCAAGUCAACCAGCCAUUUUAUUAACUACAAACCUCGCCGUUCUGAAUUCUUUGGUUAAUCCAUUUCUUUAUUGCCACAAGAUAAAAAUUUUAAGAAUUCAGCUUAGGUUAAUGUUUUGCAGAUGUUGUCCAUUAUGAUGAAUUACAUGAUUUAAAGGGGCAUGGUCACGAUUUUGGUCAAUUCUAUUUUUUUGUUUUCAUUAUUUACAAUGCUUUAGGAAAGCAUUUCCACCGAUCAAAUGAAAUUUGAGGGUCAGUUGUAAAGUUAUAAGCAAGAUACGGGGCUCACAAUUCUUCGUCAUGUAAACAAGGCUCGUGCCCUGUUGUUAUUUACACAGGUUCAAUAUACCAGUAAAAAAUCUUUUUCAAGCUGAUUUGUCUAUCUGCUUAUUCAUUGUAAGCAUAAAUAAACAGUUCCUUACGUUUAACACAUUCAUUAGGUCUAAAAUUGGAAUUUUCACUUCAACAUUCAAAAUGUAAACAAAUGCUUUGUUUACAUAGAAAGGAAUUGCAAGCUCUGUAACUUGCUUAUAACUCAACGAAAGACACUCAAAUUUUUGCUGUCUAUUAAAAAUGCUUUACUGAAGCAUUGUGAUCAUUAAAAUCGGAAAAAAUUAAUUUUUGACUAAAAUCGUGACCAUGCCCCUUUAAGUCACUAUUAAGUGAAAUAUUCAUAUGCAGAAAAAUAAAAUA